GGGCGUGGGAGGCUUUGUAGUAGAAAUUUGCUGCUACUGUGCCUUUAAGACAAUUUGGCAGCCCUCAGCCAAUCAGAGCGACGAGGGGGGAGGGAAGGGAGCGGGUGGGUAGCAACAGUUGCCCUGGUGAGGACGAGGCGCCAUAGCCACGGUAGCCCUGGCGACAAGAACCCAGCAACGAGAAUCAACAACAACAACAACUGAAUCCGCCGUAAAACAAUAAAAGGAGACAUUUUACCGGCGGGAAACACACACGUGGAUUCAGAGGGUGACUCCCAGCUGCUGUCAUGGCCACCUCAGGCUACAUAAGUGAGAUCCAGCCAGCAGCGGCCCCACCCCAGGGGGCCACUGUCACCAUCACCCCGGGGCCCCCUGACGCCACCUCCACCCCUGCAGCCGCCCCCCCCUUCCUCGCUGAGAUCCAGACCACCGUGGCCACGCCCACUGUUGUUACAGCCACAGGCCAGACUCCUCCCACUGACCCCGCCUCCUCCAUCACCAGCCCCAAGCCUGCAGAUGGGAGCCAGGCCCAGUCCACGGCCCAGGCCCCGCCCCCUCAGACACAGUAUGUGACUGCAGAGAUCCAGGGCUCGCCCUCACAGUCUGGGAACGCUCAGAGCACUCCGCAGUACAUCGUGGUCACAGUCACAGAGGGAUCCCUCCACUCUAACGACAGCGUGUCCGACUCCAGCCCUCCUCCUGCUGUGGUCCAAACAGGAGUUCCUACACAGGUGGUUCAGCAGGUCCAGACAGCUCAACAGAGGUCUGUGGUUCAGGCCACCUCUCAGAUAGCAAAGACUGAACCAGGCACCCAGCUCAGUGUCACCAGUCUACAGCCUGUUCACAUCAGCCAGGAGCUCCUCUCUAGCAUCCAGGUGACAGCGUUAGUCAGGGAGAACCCUUUAGAGGAACACCAGCUCCACCAGGAGACAGGAGAGCAGGAGGUCCAGGCCUGGACACCAGUAGACUACCCAGCAGGCUGCUGUGGGAAGCCCCUCUACGUCUCCCUCCCCCUGGAGCUCAUUCAGUCUUACCAGUCACUCUACUUGCUCUCUGUGCAAGAGCACAAAGAGAUAGGGAGCUCAGACCCUGAUCACACUCCACUGCAGGCUACCGCUUUACAAGUCCAGCAGCAGCUCACACCAGUGCCAGUUCAACAUGUGUAUGCCAAUCAAGUGCAGUAUGUGGAAGGAGGAGACACCAACUACACCACCAGCACCAUCCGUUCCAGCACCUUUCCUUACACCGACACGCCCCUCUACACCCAGACCACAGCCACUCAGUAUUAUGAAGGCCAGCCAGCUUCAGGCUCCCAGGCCUCCACCCCGGGCACGCCGCUCACCGUCUCCGUGACGACUGGCACAACAGGGGGCGUGUCCAUGUUUGUGGCCCAGCCCACCAGUGCAGCGGGGGGCGGAGCCACAGUGGUGACAACAGGGGGCACCACCAACGGGGCGGGGGAAGCUGCAGGCACUAACGGGGGCGCAGCAGGCAGCUAUGUGAUCCAGGGGGGCUACAUGCUGGGCAGCAGCAGCGGAACGGCCGCCGGCAACAGCCAGAACUACUCUCACACCGCCCGCGCGUCCCCGGCCACCGUGAGUAUUACGGAGGGCGAGGAGAGUAGCGUGCCGUCGGCAGACAAGAAGGUACAGUGGUUGCUGGACAACUAUGAGACAGCUGAAGGAGUGAGUCUGCCUCGGUCCACCCUCUACUGCCACUACCUGCUGCACUGCCAGGAGCAGAAGCUGGAGCCUGUGAACGCCGCCUCCUUCGGGAAGCUCAUCAGAUCCGUGUUCAUGGGGCUCCGCACGCGGCGCCUGGGCACACGAGGGAACUCUAAGUACCACUACUACGGACUGAGGAUCAAGGCUGGUUCUUCUCUCCUCCGUCUGAUGGAAGACCAGCAACAUCUGGCCAUGAGGCAGCAGCCCUUCUCUCAGAAACAGAGGUUGAAGCCGGUUCAUAAAGUAGAAGGGAUGACCAACGGGACGGCAGCAGGAGGCGGCCAGCAGCAGCAGCAGCAGCAGGGAUCAGGACAGGUGGACAUCAGCACACAGGUCCAACAGUACCAGCAGUUCUUAGAUGCGUCCCGAGCUCUCCCAGAGUUCCCAGACAUCGACCUGCAGGGGAAGUCUCUUCCAGAGGGCAUCGAGCUGGAGCACAUCAAGAGCUUCCAGCUGCUCUACAGAGAGCACUGUGAGGCCAUCCUGGACGUGAUGGUCAACCUGCAGUUCACUCUGGUGGAGACUCUGUGGAAAACCUUCUGGAGGUUCAGCCAGAGUCAGGCUGGAGACGCCACGUCAGCUGUCCAUGACGAGUCAGAGAAGCGCCUCCCCAAGUCCUGCCUGGUGCUGCUGUGUAAGUACGACCCGGUGCUGCGCUGGAGCCGGGACUGUGACAACAGCCUGUACCAGGGCCUGGUGGAGAUCCUGAUCCCUGACGUCCUCAGGCCCAUCCCCAGUGCCUUAACUCAAGCCAUCCGCAACUUUGCCAAGAGCCUGGAGAGCUGGCUGACCAACGCCAUGAUGAACAUCCCCGAGGAGAUGGUCCGCAUCAAGGUAACAUCAGCCAAUGCGUUUGCCCAGACGCUGCGUCGCUACACCAGUCUGAACCAUCUGGCCCAGGCGGCCCGCGCCGUCCUCCAGAACACGGCCCAGAUCAACCAGAUGCUCUCCGACCUCAACCGCGUCGACUUUGCUAACGUCCAGGAGCAGGCUUCCUGGGUGUGUCGAUGUGAGGACCGUGUGGUCCAGCGGCUGGAGCAGGACUUCAAGCUGACCCUGCAGCAGCAGAACUCCCUGGAGCAGUGGGCUGCAUGGCUGGACGGGGUGGUCUCCCAGGUCCUAAAGCCCUACCAACAGAGCCCCGCCUUCCCCAAGGCCGCCAAGCUCUUCCUCCUCAAGUGGUCCUUCUACAGCUCCAUGGUGAUCAGGGACCUGACCCUGAGGAGCGCCGCCAGCUUCGGCUCCUUCCACCUGAUCCGCCUGCUGUACGACGAGUACAUGUACUACCUGAUAGAGCACCGAGUGGCCCAGGCUAAAGGAGAGACCCCCAUCGCUGUGAUGGGAGAGUUUGCCAGUUUAGGCCGAGGUCUGAACCAGCUGGAUCCUGACAAAGAAGAAGAAGAGGAGGAGGAGGAGGAGAGCGAUGAGGAAGGCCAGGAGCUGUCCCUCCCCUCAGACGGAGCCGUGCUGGGAGACGAGUCUCUGGAGCCGCCCGCCAAACUGGCCCGGAUGGACCAGAGAGUCCUGUUCACCACCGGGUCAGCUGACAACUGACCCAGUAACACUAACAUACAGACACACACACACACACACACACACACACACACACACAGAUGUACAAAGAACAUUAAUUUAUACACUCGACCACAUGUAUAUAGAUCUUGUAAAUGUGUGCACACAGUCUGGCUGCACACUGUUCCUGUCCACCUGUUAACGCACACAAUCACAGCAUUCAGUCCUGCUGGAGCCUCAAACACCUGAUACCUGCUGGAGGACGUGGCUGCACACACAGAAACACACAGAUACAACAGAGAAACACAGAGAAACACAGAGAAACACACACAGAAACACAGAGAAACACAGAGAGAAACAGAGUGUUUUCACCCUCAGUUGUAUUGAUGUAAAGAUGAACUAAAGACGGCAUGUUUUUUAUUUCCCCUCAUGGCGCUGCAGCCUGUAGCCUCGCUGUCUCCUCUGCUCAUCCUCCUAAAACUGUCACUGCCGUAUCAAAGUGGUCUUGAAAAUACUGUGAUGUGUGUGUGUGUGUGUCUGUAAAGGUACCUUCUACAGGAGGAGGCUCAAAACAGUUGAAUUUAGGUGUUACUGAUUCAUUUAAUACUGUGGGAGGCUGAAAUAUGUAUAUGUGCCACCAGAAACUGAAUUAGAAUUAUUAAUAUUUGGAUUUGAGUUGCUUAAGUUGAAUAAUGGCAUUAAGAACUGAAUUUGAAUCAC